ACGCUUCAGGAUUUCCUAGGGAUCCUAAGAAAUGGGAAAGGAUGGACCAGUCUCAGCGGCUUAGAUGUAUCUGUGAGGUUAAGAUUCUGAAUGCUUAAUAAUAAUUUUUAGAGCAUAGUAUUCUUUACAGGUGUCCUCAAACUUUUCACUUUGAAGUGUAACUCACUGUUAAACAUACUGUGAGUUGCAAAUCUCUUGGAUGCUCCUUAAGAUUUCAGACAAAGGAAAAUCUUCAAUAUAUGCUGUUACCUCGGGGAAACGCUCACCACCAGAUCUUGGUUCUAAUCACAGACUGCGCCCAGUACUGCUGAUAAGCUGAAGGACAAAAUCAAUACCUGGAAAAUCUGUGCUCACCACUCAGCCACCAUGAGUGAGGAAAUAGAGAUAGGAGAUGAAAAAGACUGGAGUCAGCUUGAACCAAACUAUCCGAUCAAAAUAUUCCUGACAGUCUUUUACAGUCUAAUCCUAGUGACGGGUAUUGUGGGUAAUGCAGUCACUAUCCGAGUGACCCAAGUUCUGAAGCGCAAUGGCUACCUGCAGAAAAAUGUGACUGACCAUAUGGUUAGCCUGGCCUGCUCAGACCUCCUUGUGCUUCUAAUCGGCAUGCCAGUGGAGCUCUACAGCGCCAUCUGGUUCCCAUUCACAUCUGAAUCUGGCAAUGUCGCCUGCAAAAUCUACAACUUCUUGUUUGAAGCUUGCAGCUAUGCUACCAUCCUCAACGUAGCAACACUCAGUUUUGAGCGCUACAUCGCCAUCUGUCACCCCUUUCGUUUCAAGGCUUUGGGUGGGAAGCGAACCUCUGGCCUCAUCACCUUCGCUUGGCUCGUGUCUGUGCUUGUGGCCCUGCCAUUGCUGGUUGCCACAGGAACACAGGGCCACAUUCCCUUCCUACAAGAUACACCUGUCCAGAAUCUAACUUUCUGUACAAACCUGAGGGAACACUGGGUGAUGUACAGGGUCAGCAUUUUUGUAACUUUUAUUGUCUACAUGAUUGUAUUGAUCUGUGUGGUCUUCAUGUGCCGGGCUAUGAUACUGGUCUUGAAGAAACCCUUGGGUGAUGUGGAUAGAGGGACCAAAGAAACACAACUAUCACCAAGGCAUGAAAGUUCCAAGAUCAAGACAGCAAGGAAGCAGACCAUCAUAUUUCUUGGUCUCAUUGUGGGGUCCCUGAUGGUUUGCUGGCUCCCCAACCAGAUUCGGCGACUUAUGAUGGCAGCUGUCCCCAAAUCCCGCUGGACUGCCUCCUACUUCCAUAGCUACAUCACCCUCCAUCCUGUGGCUGACACAUUCUUCUACCUCAGCUCUGUCCUCAACCCAUUCCUUUACAAUCUAUCCUCCAGACAGUUCCGGGAGGUCUUUGUGCAGGUGCUGCGGUGCCACCUAACCAUCGAACACAUCAACAAGCGUACGGUGCAAAGCUCCCGUGCUGCUUCUGCUCGCUCCCUACAGCCUUUGCUCUUCAAGUCAAUACGUCGCAACAGGGCGGACUGCUCCACUGUGGCAAAAAACAACCCCCCCACCACCUUCACAACUUUUCAACAGCAAAGUGACUCAGGAGUGGCUUCAAAUUCGCAGGUGACCCUCAGCAAAACUGAAGAGUCUGAUUUCAUUCUCCAACCAAAGACAGAUACACCGUCAGAGACUGAAGUGUAAUGUGCUAUACAAUUUAAUGCAACACAGUAAACAGUAAAAACAAACUGCUUCGUUCAAGGACGCUUGUGCUGUGCCAUAACAAACAAAUAUAGAGAUUUUUUUUCAUACACGGUAAACACAUUACAAGGAAGUUAACAACCUCUAUGACACAUCAGACUCUGCUCAUGAUUUGGCAAGAAACAUUUAAUGUAAAGGACAGGUUAGGAAUGUACAGGUUAGGAAAUCAUUCUAUAAAAGCUCAUAUAUUAAAAUAAGCCUUAUGACCCCACAGAGUGAGUUAAAAUUAAAUACACCAGGGGGUGUUUUUCACCUGCAGCAACACCAACGAGUCUCCCCCAAAUGUGUUGGUCCUUGUUUUCUUUUUUAUUGUUUGACUAAACAUGUAUCAACUGUACAGGAUAAAAUCAUUUCGAUGUACAGCAAGUGAACUGACUGUGAGUUUGUUGACAGUUGGUGGUAGAAGGACAACUGGCUAGGCACAAAAAAUAUACAAUAUGCAACAACCUCUGAUUUCAUGCUUUUCUACUGCUUCUUUUAAGAGUGUGAAAACAGUAUGAAAAAGAUGUCCUUCACUGAAAGCCAAAAAACUACUAAGAACAGACAUACAGAAUACAGAAUGCAGUGGACAGAAUACAGAAUGCAGUGGAGAACUGUGUUGUGCACAGAUUGUCUAAUAUACAGUAUUAUAAAAUGCUUCUCCUGUGUUGUGGAACAUUUGUAAGGCUGAUUUGCAGUCCAUCAUUUUAUUUGCUUUAUAUUUAUAUUUAAUAGCUUAUUGUCCUUCUGUGCUUUUUCUGUAGCACAUCACACACAUGUUGACAUGGUAACACCUGUUGAUCAGUGGAGUUGUGUGAGUCCAUGUAUCAUCUGCAUGCAAACUCGUCCAUAUAUGUAUACGUUCUUAUGGAGACCAUCUCAUGCUCAAUCAUAGGAAAAGCUUUGUAGUGCUAUGGUCUAAACCUCCACCACGUGCGUUUACUGUCAGUCAUCAGAAAAUCCAAUAAAAAUCUGCCAAGUCCUUUGAAAGAAGUUCAACAUUUCAACUUGUGUCUGUAAUGGGAAAGACAGUGUCUGUAAUGGGACAGACAGGAUUCAAAUCUGGUGUUUUUCUCACUUUGUGGGAAUGUGUAACUAGAGCUGACAAAACUGUUUUUCUGGCAAUCCAUGGGUUCAUUAAAUACUAACAUUCUUUCAAAGGUAUAUUGCAUCUUCCAUUGACUGGUUCAUGGACAAAUAUAAAUUUACAUUAAAAAAAAAAAUCAUAGCUGUUUAUUGUAGAAGAUGACAGAUGAUUAUGAUCUCAUCUUUUCUUCCAUAUGUCUCAUUAAACCUUGUAUAGUAGUAAUUACAUAAUGACUGAUGCUGGAAAGGAGCGAGAGUUGCUCUGCUCAGCUGUGAUUGGUUCUUGAGAUACUACUCUUUUGGGAUAUGUGCUAAUACAGCUCUAUGAUAAUGCUACUAUAAUGCGUUUGUAUCUCAGUUAAAAACCUAAUAUGAUAAAGCAGUGCAAAAAUACACACAAAGCCUUUACCUUCUUUAGGUUAUAAAAUAUCUGUUACUCAUUGUUUGCUAAAUGUCCAUGCAGUGUAGAUGUAUAUUUCAGAGGUGGAUUUGGUUGAGAUGCUUAUUGAGUGUUUUCUUCUCUGGCUGCUGACUGGUAGCCUAAAUAAGUUUCACACAAUUGAAGAUAAUUGUGAUUCUGUUAUCCAAAUUGAACACAUGAAUGAUUUAAGUAGAUUCCUUUGUCUAAGCGUUUUGAAGAAAUUCACAAAAUACUUUCAAAGCUCAAAGUGUAACUAUCUCAACACUGCUUUGUCCAGCCAACAAAAUAAAAACAGCAAA